CAGCUUUUGACAUCCAGUCCCGAAGAAACCCAUUGAAGUACUUAAAAAUAGAAAUGACACACGAGGAGAACAUUUCAUACGUAAAACUACAUCUGAGAGACGGUUUGAAGAGACGAAGGCAACAGAAUGGACUUACGGUCAGUGUCAGCAACAGCUCCAACAUCGAUUCUGCUACACGUUGUAGCGAUAGAGCGUACGAUGCUUCUACGCACGGGCAAUCGCCAGUGUUUGUUUGCAUGAAUCAAGCACGCUACAUUUGGGUCGUAUUACGAAACAGUCCAUGGCAUCUUCAAGUUUGCGAAGUUCGAGCAUACACUGGUCCGAUGAAUUUGAAUGCUCCCGGAAUUGCGUCGUUGUCAGACGUCCCAUAUACUGAUCAUGUAAACAAUGUCACGGCAAGCGCUGCUAAUGCUGUAGAUGGAAAAUCAUCGAUCGGGCAAUCAAGAGGACUUGGUCUUAGGUUCUGUGCUGUCAAUAAUUACAAAACAAACGACAAAGUUCAGUUUCUUCGUAUUUCUCUCCAUCAAAAACAACCGAUUCUUUCUGUUCGUUUGCACUUGAGAGACCCAGCAAGAGGCUUUAUACCAACCGUAUAUUACAGCAGACUCGGCAGCGUAAAUAUUAGCGUUGGUAACUCCAGCGAUGUGAGCGAUGUACGACGACAGUGCGGGUCAUCAUAUCAAGCAAGCCAAGGACAAUCACCAAUUUUUAUCUGCUAUGCUACUGGAAGUUACGUCUGGUUGACUGUAAGCGCAAAUUACUUUCUUGAGGUCUGUGAAGUGGAAGUUUACGCAGAUGUUCACUGCAUUACUCCUUCUUCUCUUGUCAAUGGCAAAUACAGCAUCACGAAUGACUCGGUGGGUGGGUCUUUGUCAGUGGAAUGCAAUCAAGGGUAUAAAUCUACAUUCUCUAAACCGAUUACAUGUGAGAGCAGUGGAAAUUGGAGUCAACCAUUUCCAACGUGUAAAGCUUUCUGUGAACCUCCUCCGAACGUCAAGAAUGGAAAAUUGAUCUUUAGUGACAAUGAUGGAAAGCAAAUCAUCAACAGUACAGUAACCUACGAAUGUGACAAUGGUUACAAGUUAUCUGAUGAGACAAAGAAAACUAGAAAAUGUUUAUCAAGCAAGCAGUGGUCAGGAACAGCACAAUCUUGCCAUUAUAUUGAUUGUGGAAGACCUCGGCUUACAACAAACGGAAACUUUACUGGAAAUACGACAUACAAUUCAACAAUUACCUUUACCUGUCGCAACGGUUAUUACAUGAAAGGUAUUAGGAAAGCAAAGUGUUUGUCUAGCGGACUGUGGAGCAACAUCCCAUCAAAUUGCAUACCGUUUUGUGAACCUCCUCAACUCACAAAUGGAUACCUUGAAUUUAGUGACAAUAGUGGAGUGCAUGACGUUGACAGUACAGUGACGUAUCAUUGUGAUCAAGGUUAUGAGUCAUCUGACGACAAACAGAAAACAAGAAGAUGCCAAGAAAACAGAAAAUGGUCAGGAACUGCACCAACUUGCACUCAAAUACAAUGCCCGGAUAUUUCUAAUAAAAUUAUUGAAGAUGGCAGCAUUUUAAAUAAUAAUAGACUGCUUGGCUCUAUUGCUGUGUACGAAUGCAAUAGAGGAUACCGCAUUGCUGGAGACAAAACAAGGGUAUGUCAAUCGAAUGGGAAAUGGUCGGGCAAUCCUCCAGUAUGUCAAGGUAACAAAUGCGUUUCACUUGCUUCGCCAACUAACGGCAACGUUACAACUGAAAUUGUACACACUAUUGUUAUCUCAACUUACACUUGUGAGUCAGGAUAUCGAUUGAAAAACGGAGAUAGUUCUAGAAUUUGUUUGCCAAGUGGGCUGUGGAGUGGAAAGGAACCAUCAUGUGAACCUUGCAGCUGUGAUUCUACUCAAACACGUCAAGAUGCCAAUAAGAAACGACAUGCUGUUGUUUUAGUGCAAGUAACUUCUUCCGUCCAAGAAAACGAAGGACAAGUAUCAUUCAAAGCUAAAGUUAAAAAAGUCUGCCGUGCCAACAAUGCCAGAGCACGCAAGAUAAAGUCUGGAAAUUUUGCUUCACUUGCUGUCACCCAGGAAACUCAGCAUGGAACUUGCCGAUGUCCCGACUUUCAGAAAAAGGUCAUGUACAGAGUUGGGGUCAAGGUCAAUGGGAAAUCCGGGAAAAAAUGGCAACUUGAAGUGCCACGAAAGUUUUAUGUUGCAGAAUCAACAGUGUGCUAACUGAAAGAAGCAGCUGUAUUGCUAAUGUCAGUGGUCUGGUCUUAAUAGUAAAAAAGUAUCGAAUGCUGGUAACUAACAUUCACUAAAUAGUACGAAAUUAUGGGCGCUUCUAAAUUCUCUUCAACAAGUAGUAUAUUAAAGUGUUUGUUGACAACAAAUUACAUCGUCGUGUACAAGCUUUCCAAAGUUUGAAUA